AAACGACACAGUAACUAUCGGGAGCAAGAAGUUCAUGACUAACCGACUACUUCAGCGGAAACAGAUGGUCAUUGAUGUUCAUCAUCCCGGAAAGGCAACAGUACCUAAGUCAGAAAUUUGGGAAAAACUAGCCGGAAUGUACAAGAUCGCAGAUGUCAUCUUUGUAUUUGGAUUCAGAGCCCAUUUUGGUGGUGGCCAGACAACUGGCUUUGGCCUGAUUUAUGAUUCCUUGGAUUAUGCAAAGAAAAACAAACCCAAACAUAGACUUGCAAGACAUAGCCUAUAUGAGAAGAAAAAGACGUCAAGAAAACAGAGAAAGGAAGAAUACAAGAACAGAAUGAGGCAAGUCAGAAGAACUGCCAAAGCCAAUGUGGGUCCUGGCAAAAAGAAGUGAGCUGGAGAUUGGACCACAGAAGGAGUAAAGAUUCUGCAGUGACUUUAUCCGUGGUGAUUGUGCAGAUUUUUCGGGAGAAGAUUAAUAAACUAAGAACUUUUAUGUGUAAAAUAAAUAAACAAGCAAACUAAAGUAUAUGUGACACCAAAGGCCUGGUUUUCACAAUACACACACUACACGUACAAUACAACAACGAAAAGGGAAAGCUGAUGUUUCUAGUGAGAGAAAAUAUUUUCAGUUCUCUGAAAUUAUUUUAAAUUUGCAAUGUUAGGAAACCUGAAUAAGAUUGCUGUGUUGUCUAGAAAUCAAUCUUGCAUAUUUACUCUUUUUUUUUUAAUGUUUAUUUAUUUCUGAGAGCGAAACAGAGACAGAGCACGAGGUGGGGGGAGGGGCAGAGAGACAGGGAGACACAAUCUGAAUCAGGCUCUAGGCUCUGAGCUGUCAGCACAGAGCCUGACGAGAGGCUCGAACUCAUGAACUUCGAGAUCGUGACCUGAGCCGAAGUCAGAUGCCCAACCGGUUGAGCCACCCAGGAGCCCCACACAUUUACUCUUUUUUAAACCAUUUUCUUCAAUGUUGUCUUUACAGAAAUUUUAGAUGAUUGAAGAUUUUAAACUACAUGCAAAGCAGUAUAAAACUGUUUCAUUGCAGAUUUGGAGUUUCCAUUCAUUCUGGUAAUUUUUCAGCAGAUAUUAUAUUCAAAUGGACUCUUUAUAUCUUAGGGAGCCUCAUUUUUUGAUUGAGGAAAAGAUCAAAUAAACUUUACAUACUGAUAUAGUAGCAAACUAAAGAUAGAAGAAUCAUUUCAUUUGGCUCUCUGCUUUGGGUUAUCUUAGCCCAUCAAGAGAAAGUUAAGGAGGGAAUGAAAGGUGUUUCCUAGCAAGAGAAUCUUUUGGACUGUUUCUUUGUCCCCCACUAUUUCCCUGCGACCUCUGGGGGCCUGAAGGACUUGGGGCUUUUGGAUGCCGGUUGCAGGCAUCCUGAGCACUUUUGGUGACUUUUUCAAAUGCACACCCCCAUUAAUUAAAUAACAGGGUUGAAAUCAAUCAAAAGCAAAGUUGCUUGGAAUAUAGAUACUGUAAAUAUUCUCUUUUGCUUCAGCUGUUUAUAAACAACUUUUAAGAUUUCCUACCUUCUGGGGCACCUGGGUGGCUCAGUUGGUUGAGCAUCUGACUUCAGCUCAGGUCAUGAUCUCACAGCUCUGUGAGUUUGAGCCCCGCAUCGGGCUCUGUGCUGACGGCUCGCAGACUGGAGCCUGCUUCGGAUUCUGUGUCUCCCUGUCUCUCUGCCCCUAACCCACUUGCAUUCUGUCUCUGUCUCUCUCAAAAAUAAAUAAACAUUAAAACAAAAAAAAAGAUUUCCUACCUUCUGUUUCUGAAAGGGAAAAAAAGGGAAGUGAUUUGCAAGUGUUUGAAACUUGGUGUUUAGAUUUCGAUUUUGGUUUAAUCUCACAUUUCUGUGGUACCUUUGGUCUGGAAAAAAAGGCUUAGCUUAUUACUGUUAUUCCAACUCAUUGGGGCGUUUUCUAAUAGGAUUGGAGAAAAUGGGAUGAUUUGUUUUCAUGCAGCAAAUAGUUUUGAGCUUUUAUUGU